ACGGACUUCCCCGCCACUUUCCUUUCGGCUCCCGCUGCCUCCGCACCGUCCUUCCGCGGCAUCCUUUUGUGCCUACACUGCCUCCGCGCUCCUCCCCCAGCACGCUACUUUCUUUCCGUGCCUCCUGGCGGAUUCCAAACCCUGUGCGCGCUCCCGUCGCCCAAGCCCUUCCCUGAAGGCCAACAGUGCGCCCGAAGCCAGAGUACGCCCGGAACUAAAGCGCGCUCCCAGAAACUCACAAAGGAAAGCUAAUUACUGUGCAACUAGACAAACCACUCCGCGGACGAGCCAAACAAACAGUAGAGGAAAGGAACGGGGGGGGGGGUAGGGGAAGGUACGAGCAUGCCGAGCAGCAUCUCGUGAUUUCCAACAGACUGUUCGUCUGUUUGCCCGGGUAGUCUCUGUGAGCAGGUUUUUGUUUCGGGCGCACUCUGACUUCGGGUGCGUGUUGGUUUCCGCCAACGUAGUUUGGCUUUUUGGCAACGCACUUCGGCCGCGGGAAUGCGAGUCCCGGAGCAGUGUAUCCGCUGGAAGGAAAACGAAAAGGCCAUGAGGAACAUCGGAGGCUAUGGACAGCGGGAGUUGGCCUUGCCUUCAUUAGCGCGGGAGUUACAGAAAGCAGCUGUGGGUACAUGAGCAAUAGUGUGGACAAGUGUGGUAGUCGAUGGAGGGGCAGUAGGACUUUGUUGUGUUGUCAUUGAAAUAUGCUCCUGUCUUUACCGUUAGUUAGUUGAGCGCGAUAGGGAUGGGGAAGACGAAGAAAGGAGCUUUUCUCCGCUCGCAAGCUG